AACAACAACAUAGAACGUGAGGGGAGAGACAAAACUCACCACUUUCGAUCCUUUCCUGCCGCUUGAUCCAAAUCAACUUCAAUCUUCAAUCUUCAAUCUUCUCCAGAUUCAGAUUCCAAAUCUUCAAAGCAAAACAAUGGCGGCAGAACCUAACCCUAAGAAUUUCCCAGUCCUCUCUUACGUCCUGGCUCGUCUCCCUUCUUUCACCACCAAAUCCCCUUCCUCCUCCGCCGUUCCUCCCUUCAAUAUCGAGCAAUCACCAUCAUCGAGCCAUUCGAUCGAGAUCGUUACUCAGAUGCCUCAUUUGACUCAACCAGAUGUUCUCGCUUCCAUGACCAGUGCGAUCUCUGACGUCGCCGAGACUCGAUCUAUCCUCCGAACCCUAGGACCUAGACCCGAUCACGAGUCAGUCGACAAGGCUCGUGUUAAGCUCUCGGAGAUCGAAUCUUCCUUAUCUGAAUCGUUUGAGGACAUCGCGCUUACCGACGCGGCUGCUAAAGAUGAGAAGAGGAGGCUAGAGAUGGAUCAGGAUAAGACUUGGUGUGAGUCGAUUUUGAAGCUUGAUGAGGUCCACGCUUCCUAUGAGAAGCUUUUGAAAGAAGCAGAGGAGAGGCUUGUGAGGAUUUAUGAGUCUGCUGAGAAGAAUGCCGCCGAGGAUGAGGAUAAUGUUGCGGCGGUUGAGGUUAACGAGGAGGUUGUUGGGAUAUUGCAGCACGCUUCCGCUAAUCCGGUGGAUCGUAUUGAUUUGUCUGGGAGGAAACUCAGAUUGCUUCCUGAAGCAUUUGGGAGGAUUCAAGGCUUGCUUGUUCUCAAUCUCUCCAACAAUAAGCUUGAGGCGAUUCCUGAUUCAAUAGCUGGAUUACAUAGUCUUGUUGAACUGGAUGUCUCCACGAAUUCUCUGGAGACAUUACCUGAUUCUAUCGGUUUACUCUCCAAGCUGAAAGUCCUGAAUGUUUCGACCAACAAGCUCUCUGCUUUGCCUGAUUCCAUCUGUCGUUGUGGGUCAUUGGUUGUCUUGGACGUGAGCUUCAACCGUCUCACCUACUUGCCAACCAACAUCGGAUUUGAGCUAGUGAAUCUAGAAAAGCUCCUGAUCCAAUAUAACAAGAUCCGAUCCUUCCCUACCAGUAUAGGCGAAAUGAGAUCCCUAAAACACAUCGACGCCCACUUCAACGAACUGCACGGCCUUCCUGAUUCUUUCGUGUUGCUAACAAACCUCGAGUACUUAAACCUAAGUAGCAACUUCAGUGACCUCAAGGAGCUACCUUUCUCAUUUGGUGACCUCGUAAGCCUCGAAGAACUUGACUUGAGUAACAACCAAAUCCAUGCCCUCCCAGACACUUUUGGCACACUCCAUAGCCUGACCAAACUGAACGUGGAGCAGAACCCGCUCAUGGUCCCACCCAAGGAAGUGGUGAAGGAAGGUGUGGAAGCUGUGAAGACAUACAUGGGUCAGAGAAGGAUCACUAUCUUGGAAGAAGAAGAGAAGAUGAGAAUGGAGAAGGAGAUGGAGCAGGCAAACGCCGGGUGGCUCACAAGAACCACAUCGAAACUGAAAACUUAUGUGACAGAUGUUUCAGAGUAUCUCGGAUCGCCGUCUUCUCGAGACCAUUACCUUGACCAACAGCUAUAAUGUGACUUGGGCUCGAAGAACAAUGAAUCAAAAGAGGUUGUUAUUCUCCUUUUGGCUGGUUUUGUCUCAAUUUUUUCUCUUAUCAUUCAGUAUAUAAUGAAGGGCUCUCUUCGUUACUGUGUUGUCUGCGUGUGAUUCUUUUUGACGGGUAAGGCCUGUCAUUAACUUACUUAGGUUCAAACUUAAAAAGAGACCGGUGAUGUGAUAAUAUCAUGGGUCCAACUAAUAAAAAGAUACAUUUUUUUUUUAA